UCUAAUAGAUGUACUCCUUAUGGUAGUAAGAAACCUAGUAUGAAUUCUAUAAUUAACGUACUCCUAUCUCUAUCAAGUAUUUAUCUCCUAGUGAUGCAAGCACUUAUGACAUCGAUUCAAAAGACACCAAAAAUAAUACUUGUUACCAAAAUGAAAAUAUACUAAUGCCGGUGGGGCUGAAAAAUAAACGUGUGGAAAACAAUGCCCCAAGAAAGGUAGUUGAAGAAUGAAUGAAUCUUAUUAAAAAAAAGUUGACUAAUUACUCUGCUAUCUUUUUAUCUGUUAUAAUUUCAUGUGGUUAGGCUAUCACUUGAUGAAAUUUCCAUGGGAGAAAAUUUCUUCCCAUAUUCUUCUGUCCAUGAAUCACCAUCUACAAAAGAGCUAGAAUUGGUUUAGGAAUACAUAAGCUAAGAUGGCAGAGGUGAAACUGCAUGGAUUUUGGUAUAGUCCUUUUAAUUUUAGAGUAGUAUGGGCCCUAAAUCUGAAGGGUAUACUAUAUGAGCACAUAGAAGAAGAUCGUUUCAAUAAGAGUCCUCAACUUCUUCGAUACAAUCCGGUAUACAAAAAUAUUCCAGUGCUAGUUCAUGAUGGAAAACCCAUAUGUGAGUCCAUGCUCAUUGUUGAAUACAUUGAUGAGAUAUGGCCUCAGAACUCAUUGCUUCCUACUGAUCCCUAUGACAGAGCUCAAGCCCGGUUUUGGGUUAAAUAUGUUGAUGACAUGUUUACAGCAAUUGGGGCACUCCUUGAUAGCAGAAGUGAUGAAGAACGAGAGAAGGCCAAAGAGAGUAUAUGGGAGCGACUCGGAGUUGUUGAGGAUCAGUGUUUGGGAGAUCAGAGGAAAUUCUAUAGGGGAGACACCAUUAACAUUGUAGACAUAGCUCUUGGAUCUUUUGUCAAAGUUAUUGAUGUUCAAGAGGAUAUGUUUGAAAUGGAGAUCUUGCAAAGUGAGAGGUUCCCACGAUUGAAAUUAUGGUUUAAUAAUUUCAAGGAUGUUCCAAUCAUCAAAGAAAACACUCCUAGUAAAGAGAAAUUGGUUGCUCUUUUAAAGCCACUUACUGAAAAAAAAUUUGCAAGGAAAUGAUGGCUUCUAUGAAUUGAUAUAUACAAAGCAUUAGUAUUUCUUUUUGUUGUCUACAAUAAUAAAAGAUUAAAAUGGUUUUCUUUUAAUAUGGUUUUCUUUCUUUUAAUAUUAAGAGUAAAAGUUAUAGUUUAGUUGAAUACUUUUGUUUUAAUAUUAAGAGUAAAAGUCAUAGUUUUGUUGUCUUAUACUUUUCUUUCUUUUAGUAUUAAGAGUAAAAGUCAUAGUUUUGUUGCCUUAUACUUUUCUUUCUUUUAAUAUUAAGAGCAAUAGUUAUAGUUUUGUUGUCUUAUACUUUUGUUUUCCACCAAAAUAGAGGUAUUUGGUACACAAGAUUACUUCAUAAGUCUGACUAAUUAUCAUUAUUAUUUCCAACUAAAUAUUUGUUCAUCAUUUUUUAAUGUGCACACUUAACUUAAAUAUCAAGUUAACGAACAAAGGGAGUAGUUGCUACAUAAAUACUAAAUCACUAGAAUGUAAGAUAAAAAGGGGUAAGCAAGAAUUAAAGUUUGCUUAACAUUUGACACUUCAGAAACAUACAGUAGAUUUUGUUGAUGUAUCAGAUUUCUUUACAAUAAAACAUGCAUCAACAGGCAAUCAACCCCGCAAAUUGCUUUGAAUAGGAGAUAAACAUACCUCACCACUCCCAGCCAAUUCCUCAAAGUGCAUAAUUGCAUCUUCAAGUUGAGAAAACUGGGUGGAAUAUUUGACAUGCAGUUCAUUGCUUUCAAAUUGAUUAAGUUGCCACUCUGAAAGGCCGUCACUAAUAAUUUUCAAACCACUUUUCAGCAAUUCCACUCCUUUGCUAAUUCCAUCUGGAAGUUUCCUUUUUUUAUUUGAUUGGUUUUUGUCGUCAACUUCCAUGCUAUUUGAUUGGUUCUUGUCAUCAAUUUCCAUGCCCUCACAUCCCUCUCUCUGUACAGCACUGACUGAAAUGUUAUGAACCAUCUGCUUUAGUAUAAGACCUUCUCUUUGUAGCAGCUCAAGCUGUUCAGGACUUGGUGCGAUUGUCAGAAGAGCAAUUUGCUUACUAUAAAAUGCUUUAAGCACAGCCAUAAAU